AUUCCGUAUGAUUAAUUUUUUCCGUAUACAUUUCGUAUACAUUAACUUUUUUUAAAAAUGUUCAAAAAUGAAUUGCUUAUUAAAUAUACGGAAUUUUUAUAUGGAAUCUAUAGAAAUGUACAUAAAGUGUAUACAAAACGUAUCCUUUCCGUAUACAUAUUUCUUAUAGGGCUAUAUUUCUCGACAUUUUGUAUAAUAGUUUUAAUUUAUUUUUUUCGUAAAAAAUUG